CAGGAAGGAAGGUACCGAGUGCUGUUACGGGUGUUUAACAUGUUUAAAAGUGCACCAGGGAUGGUGGGGGUUAAAUACCAAGGAGCCAGCAAGGAUUGUUAACCCGCUCUGCGCCACAUCAGACACCCUGGAAAUGUAUAGCUAAAUGUACAUAAUGAUGGAGAUUGAAAAUAUUGUAGCUAACACAGUGCUGCUUAAAGCCAGAGGAGGAGCAGGUGGCAAAAGGAAUGGCAGAAGUAAAAAAUGGAGGGAGAUGUUGAGGCUACCGCUUAUUCACCAGUGUUAUGAACUGAGACGUUUCAUAGAAAAAGAUUACAAUAGCCUUUGUGAAAAACAGCCCAUAGGACGACUUCUCUUCAGGCAGUAUUGCGAAACACGGCCAGAGCUAAAACGCUGUAUCGAGUUUCUGGAUGCUGUGGCAGACUAUGAGGUCGCUCCAGAUGAGAAGCUCAGAGUCUGUGGUGUGAACAUUUUAGAUACAUAUUUCAAUAAUGGGUCUGCAGCCUGUUUACCAGAAGUACCUCAGGACACUGUAAAAGAAUGUACAGAGAAGCUGGAGAUGACACCCUGCAAAGACCUCUUCAAAGACUGCACUAGAGUUAUUCAUGCUUAUUUAAGUGGAGAACCAUUUACAGCUUAUCUGGAAAGCAAAUUCUUUUCACAUUUUCUCCAGUGGAAGUGGCUAGAAAGGCAACCUGUGAACAAAAGCACCUUUAGACAUUACAGAGUUUUGGGCAAAGGUGGAUUUGGAGAGGUUUGUGCCUGCCAGGUUCGAGCAACAGGAAAAAUGUAUGCAUGUAAAAAGCUGGAAAAGAAGAGAAUAAAGAAAAGGAAAGGAGAAGCAAUGGCAGUAAAUGAAAAGAGAAUUUUAGAAAAAGUUAACAGUAGAUUUGUAGUUAAUUUAGCCUAUGCCUAUGAAACUAAUGAUGCCCUGUGUUUAGUACUGACUAUUAUGAACGGCGGGGACUUGAAAUUCCACAUAUACAACAUGGGGACUCCAGGUCUGGAUGAACAAAGAGCUGUUUUUUAUGCUGCAGAGAUCUGUUGUGGACUAGAAGACUUGCACAGAGAAAGAAUUGUUUACAGGGACUUAAAGCCUGAAAAUAUUCUUCUGGAUGACCAUGGUCAUAUUCGUAUUUCAGAUCUUGGAUUAGCUGUACAAAUACCAGAAGGAGAAACAAUCCAUGGGAGGGUUGGAACUGUGGGUUAUAUGGCUCCAGAAGUUAUAAACAAUGAAAGUUAUACCACUAGCCCUGAUUGGUGGGGCUUGGGUUGCCUAAUUUAUGAGAUGAUUCAAGGGCAGUCACCAUUUCGUAAACGGAAAGAAAAAGUUAAGAGAGAUGAAGUGGACCGGAGGGUGAAGGAAGAUCAGGAAGAGUACUCCGAAAAGUUUUCCGAGGAUGCCAAAUCCAUCUGUCAUAUGCUGCUAACCAAAGAUCCAAAAGAGAGGAUGGGUUGCAGAGGGAAUGGAGCUUUGGAGGUGAAGCAGCAUCCCAUAUUUAAAAUGAUUAACUUCAGGAGACUAGAAGCAAACAUGUGUCAUCCUCCUUUCAUUCCUGAUCCCAGGGCAGUGUAUUGUAAAGAUGUUUUAGACAUUGAACAAUUUUCAACUGUCAAAGGUGUUAACCUGGAUCCCACCGAUGAUGACUUCUACUCCAAGUUUGUAACUGGCAGUGUCUCCAUCCCAUGGCAAAAUGAGAUGAUAGAGACUGAGUGUUUUAAGGACAUCAGUGCAUAUGAUACAGAUGAUGCAGUACCUCCAGAAUUAGAUGCAAGUAUAUGUCACUCGCCAUCAUCUAAGAGAGGCGUCUUUCAACGAAUUUGCAGAACAGCAGUCUGUUUAAGGUCUGGUUAUAGCGAUGAUGAAGAAGAACCCUCAAGAUCAAGAUUAUAAGCCUCAGUCACAGCUAAAAAUCCACCCCACAGACGUAAAACUAAGGCAUUAUGAAUGUUUUAUUGUAUCUAUAAACUGUAAUAAAAUAUGUAUCAUAAGUGAGAACUAUUCCUGAAUCUGUUUACAGAUUUUGUACAUUUGUACUUGAAUGAUGUCUAGAUGUAUAUUUUCUCUAAAGCUAUAUUAUAUAAAAAGCCAUAUAAGUACCUCUUGAAUGCAUACUGAAUUUGAAUAAAAUUAUAUUGGAAAUAUGUAUUUAUAACUGUUUUAUACUCAGAAAUAUAUAUAUGUGACAUGUAAAUGUGUCCUCCUUGUAACAAUCAAAGGCAUUAUGUCAUGUGUUGCUGUAUGUUCCAGUUUAGACCUGUUUGCAUUGUCAGAUAAUUUUUAUUAAACCUAUUCAGAUGUUGUA